GGCACUCAACAUGACAUUACGUCAUUGUGCUGCACACAUGCCCCUUCUCUCUCGGCCCCCUCUCUUCUCUCUGCUCCAAGUGUGGCUCUCCAGAUGUUAUGCCGAUUCCAUGAGCCAGCGUAAAAACCCUAACCACGUGACCCAACCAUCGCCGACGUCCCUCUGCAGCUCAUUCAGCAUGAUGGCUGCUGAUGCUGCAGCAGCUUCAUCCUCAACAAACCGCACCGCACUUCAUUCCUGCAGCCUGCUGUUAUUUAACUUCUCUAUCCUUCUCAUCAUCGUAUUCUUUCUCCCAGCUCCGGCGAAGGGAUUGCUUGGUGUCCGCCCAGAGAACACUAAAGCCGGUGAACUGUCUGUGCAAGACGGGCUGCUCCAGGCGACCGAGGGGACGCGGUUCAUGCUGCGGGUUUACUACGCAGCAUCCCCGGUUACACAGAGAGCCCAGAACCGCUCUGGGAGCGGGAGACCAGAGGGUGCAGCUGCCGCACCAUGGAUCGCCUUCAUAGAGGAGCCAGGAGGAGAGCGAGAGAGAGGAGAGGGGGAGAGCAUGGUCCAUUCCAAACGGAACCCGUGCGUGGACGAGCAUGCGCGGAGUUCUGACAUCGAACUCCUGGGUUCCUUCAGGUCUGCAUCCAGCCACAACUCCGUUCUAGUGGAGCUGCUCGCCAAAGACCUGCGCAAAGAUGAGCGGAUAAAAUACUACUCCAUUUGCGCGUUUGAUGGGGUGAAGUGGGAACAUUUCACCACCAGAGACUUCUGGCUAGCCGUGGUGGAGCGACCCCCGCAAGCGGACGUGUGGCUCCAGUUGGGGGUGUCGGUGAUGCUACUGGGGCUCUCUGCGCUCUGCAGCGGGCUGAACAUCAGCAUGCUCGCCCUGGAUCCCGUUGAGCUCCGGGUCCUCCAAAACAGCGGCACCGAGAAGGAACAAAAAUAUGCGCACAAGAUCGAAUCUGUGCGUAAACAUGGCAACUACAUCCUGUGUACUGUGGUGCUGGGCAAUGUGCUGACCAACACCUGUUUCGUAGUGUGGAUGUGCCAGAUUAUAGGGAUGACUCCCACCUCCCUUGCUACCUGCACUUUCGGUAUAUUCUUUAUAGGAGAGAUCCUGCCUCACUCUGUGGCGUCCAGACACAGCCUCGCCAUCGCCUCCAAAACCAUCUGGGCCACCCGGCUUCUAAUGCUGGUCUCCUUCCCCAUCUCCUACCCCGUCUCCAAACUCCUAGACAUCAUGCUCCACCAGGAGAUCAGUAAUUUCUACACCAGAGAGAAACUGGUUGCCAUGCUGCGCGUCACAGACCCCUACCACGAUCUGGUCAAAGAAGAACUCAACAUCAUCCAGGGCGCUCUGGAGUUGCGCACCAAGAACGUAGAAGAAGUUCACACCCCUCUGGCGGACUGUUACAUGCUCUCCUCGGAUGCUGUUCUAGACUUCUGUACUAUGUCUGACGUCAUGCAGAGCGGGUUCACCCGGAUCCCGGUCUAUGAGAACGACAGGUCCAACAUCGUUGAUAUCCUGUUCGUCAAAGACCUGGCGUUCGUGGACCCGGAUGACUGCACCCCGCUGAAGACCAUCACCCAGUUCUACAAACACCCCAUGCACUGUGUGUUCAGCGACACCAAACUGGAUGUGAUGCUGGAGGAGUUCAAGAGAGGUAAAUCCCAUCUGGCUAUAGUCCACAGGGUGAAUAGUGAAGGGGAGGGAGAUCCAUUCUACGAGGUCCUGGGAAUCGUUACUUUGGAGGAUGUUAUUGAAGAAAUCAUCAAGUCUGAGAUUGUGGAUGAGACAGACCUCUUCAUUGAUAAGAGGACUAAGAGGCGCGUGUCUCACCAUGAGAGGAAGCAACACGACUUCUCCAUCUUUAACCUGACAGAGAACGAAAUGAAGGUGAAGAUGUCUCCUCAACUGCUGCUUGCUACACACCGCUUCCUGGCCACAGAAGUGGAGCCCUUCAGGCCAUGUCAUCUCUCAGAGAAGAUUCUACUUCGUCUGAUCAAACACCCCAGUGUCGUUCAGGAACUAAAGUUUGACAGAAAGAACAAACAAGCACCACAGCACUUCCUGUAUAUGAGGAACAAACCUGUCGACUACUUUGUCCUAGUUCUACAGGGUAAAGUGGAGGUGGAGAUUGGUAAGGAGGCUCUUCGUUUUGAGAAUGGAGCUUUCUCCUACUAUGGCAUGCCAGCCCUCAUACCACCACUACCUAUAGUCAACAGGUUUGGUUCUGGUAGCAGUGGGUUGAACCAGUCAGAGUCUGUCUUAUCAGGAGGCAGUGUGGGUCAGCUGAGUAUAGGAGGGGGAGGAGUCUACCUACCUGACUUCUCUGUCAGACAACUCACUGACCUACAGAUUAUAAAGAUCUCAAGGAACCACUACCAGAAUGCUCUAACAGCCAGUCUUAUGGACAGUGUACCCCAGACCCCUGAUCCCGACGGGAGACCCACCAUCCCUGAGACCCGCUCCCUCAGCAUCGCCCUGCCCGUGACACACACAUACACACACCUCCGACCCGUCCUGGAACGACACACACACACAGAGGACAACACUGGACCACUCACCUCACAGCUCAACGAGAGAAACCGCAUCGUCCGCAGUAAGUCAGACGGACAGAGGAGUCCCAGUGAUUCGGUGUUUCUACGGAUGGAUGACAUACUCUACAUCCAAGAAGACCUACAAAAACACCGUCAGGAAGGCCACCCAGAGGAGCGACUAGAGGAGAGACCGGAAGACCUCCCGGAAGAUAGAAAGGAAGACCUCCCAGAAGAACGUCUGGAAGACAGGCCUGAAGGCCGUAUGAAAGACCGGCUGGAAGACCGUUCGGAAAACCGGUUAAUUGAACGCCCAGAAGACCAGCUGGUAGAAAUUCCGGAAGACCAGCUGGAAAGCCAAGAAGGGAACGAUGCUGUUCCUGUGGAGUUAGAUAUCAUCUGUUCUCUAUCUGGCUCAGAGGAGACACUGGGGAAGAAGCUGCUACGUAAACUGAGUAACAAGAAGAGGAAAAAGUCCCGGGAUGGGGAGAAGAGUGUGGAGGAAAGCUUGGAGCAGCCAUCGGUGACCACCUAGCACAACGCCAGUUACCUUUCAGCCACCCAUCUCUACUGUGCUAGAGGAGGAAGAAGAGGAGGAAGAAGAAUAAACUAAAUGAAGAGAAAAAUAAGAGGGAAUUAGCAAGUCUAGAUCUGAGCCAUCUUUUAAACCUUUUUUAUUGCUCAGCCAAGAAGACAACAAUUUCUGUCUUCUACCAUCAGAUGAUCGCUUCUUAUUACCAAGUGCUUUCUGCACAGGGAACUGUUCUUAUCAUAGAAUAGAGCACUUCUAUCAGUUAAUCAACUGUGGUUGAUAGGAGUCCUGCCAUAUAAAUGCCAUCCACACUGCCAGUGUUCUGAUGACACAUAAGGAAGAAACAGCCAACACACACCAGCCACGAGAACAAGCACAAUGUCUACAACCACAGGGACUUUAUACUGAUUUAAAGAAGCAGUCUGUAAUUUCUUUGUCCCAUGUGGCCACCGGAUGAUUUUUUUUUAAUGCACAAACAGUCUAGUCUCAAACAAAAACACCACACACACACACACAUUUAGUUCCAUUGAAGUCCAUUGACUCCCAGUCAAUACUUUUUACCAGAUUUUAAAAAGCCAUAUAAUAACUAACAAACCUGCCAGCAUAAAGAAGGGAUAUGCAAUAUUUACAAUCCCAAAAAUGUAGGUUGCGUGUUACCUAGAUUUGAACAGGUAUUUUAUUAUGAUUAGAUAAUAUGAUGAUUUGACAUAUUUAUGAUGAUUGGAUGAUAUUUGAUCAUUUGAUUUAUAAUAUGGUGAUUAAUUGGUAACCUGUAAUGAAUAGGUUGUUUUAACAGCAAUUGUUCAGCUAUUUACUGGUUGCUAGCAUUCUAAUAGUUUGCAUAAUUUCAGUUUGUGACAAAACAAGCAAGUAUAGUGUAGAGCAUCAUUGUACCAUCUAAACCGCUUUGAGAUAUUUUUUCCAUAACCAAAUAUAUUUAAUGUUCAGCUGUUUGAAGCUGGUGUACAAAACCCAAUGUAAAAGAUGCAAAAACAAAAUGAUUUAUAAUAUGGUGAUUAAUUGGUCAUCUGUAAUGAAUAUGUUGUUUUAACAGCAUGUACCUAGAACAACUCCUGCCUGCCAUAUCAUUUCCUUUAUCAUCAUAAUAUAGACACACACACACACACACACACACACACACACACACACACACACACACACACAGAGAGAGAGAGAGAGACACACACACACACACUAAUUGUGCCAUCUCCAUAUCACCAUGACAUAAAGCAGUCACCAUAAGUGUGACAUUGCAGUAGGUAACAGUUGUAACACCCUAUCUGUGUAUAGCCCCAUGAUGAAGUGAAGUGUUACUCCCACAUGCAUGCUAUUACUACAGAUUCAAACACAACAGGUUAACUAUUCUCUUUGAAGAGACCCCUCCAGGGACACGCAAGGGCACAGGAACACAGCGGGCUGGGGGCUGAGCUUCUGAGAUGAGAGGCUGCAGAUUACAGGGGCCUGGAGGCUAGGGGUGUUUGGUUUAUACAGUGACACAGGAGCUGGGUGUAUGGAGGGCACUGCUUACUGCUUUCCCAGUAGAAUAUAUUCCUAUUUAAGGACAACGCCUUGGGCUAGGUACUCAGCUUGAUGCAGACAGGAGCAUGAUGCAAACCUGUGGUUAUGAAAGACCAGGCUGACGAGGAGAUGUAGUUUGAUGGGAGGUUGUAGUGUAUAGAAAACUGAUAAGCAAUACAUAAGCAUGAGAAUAAAAUAUCUGAGUGUAAUAUUAGGUGACAGCUGCACAGAUUAUCAGGACAGUGUAACAUGCUCAAGGACAGACACCCCUGUAAAGUCAGCCAGGCACAGAUUAAAAGAUAUAUACUGUUUUAUAGGAAUGUAUACCAAUGUACACAGGGGUUCAUAGUUCGAAUUAGAGAUGUACAGAGAGAGAUGACAUUUUAUAGUGCCCUUUAUUAUAUAGGUGGUCAGACAAUGGGCUCUGUCCUAUUCAUCUGUAGCAAUAAUAAUUCUCUAGAACCUGCCUGAGACCAUCACUAUUCCCUAUUGGUUAGCUGCUAUUAGGCUGGACUUGGUUUGAGUUGCUCUUUAUUGCGCAAUACUGACAGAUAACUGAUUUACUGAGAGCAUAGAGGGUGAGUGGGAGGGAAGAAGAAAGGUAGUGAGCAGGAGAGAGGAAAGGAGAGAAACAGAAGGGAAAGUGAGCACUGCAGGGAAGGUGGGAGGAGACGUGACGCAGUCUGACGUCAAGCCACUGCCUUCCUUGACGCACGCAAACACACACGCAUUCAGUACUGAACUGCUUUACAGAAGGACCCCCCCACCCCACCCCACACACACACACAGGAUCCCUUAUGACCUGACAAAUACAGUAGCUGAGCUGUUGAAAUCAAAGAACUAAGAAACCAAGCACUCUCUCAGCCUCAUGCUCUCAGAGAACACAUUUGGUGAGGGUGACAGAGAUACAGUAGAUAGUGAUAGCUUUUCUAUAGAUUAUAAGGGACAGGAGGAUAUGUAAGGGGACAUUUUAUUAUUAUUUUCCAGGAAUAUGCGAAUUUAGGGAUGUUUUAACAGUUUAAAACAUGAUCUUCAGAUUAUCAGGGUUUUCAGGAUAUCAGACCUCCCAAUGUAUUAAAAACGAUGAACUCCUCAAUAAAAAGAUUCUAACAGAUUCAUA